CCUUUCCCUUCUAUUCAUUUCUCCUCUCAAACAGGGUAAUCUCUCCAAUGUCCAAUCCAUCAAAGCAUUUCACAAUCUGGUCUUCCACAUAAAAUCUAUGCCACUACACCAAAUCCUCCUACUUUUCUUCUUCUCUUCGUUAGAAGAAAAAUGGCACAUCAUCACCCAAAACUCCACCUAGAAACCCUCUACUGCUUAGAAGACCACAUUCAUUGGGAGAAAGAACAAGUAGAAGACCAUGAUGAGUACAGUACCACAAACAAAAGCUCUUCGCGUGUUGUCUUGUUAGACCACGACCUCUUCUGGGGCAACGAGGAGCUACAAAGUCUUCUCGCCAAAGAACAUCACAAUGAACUCUCUAACUGUCUCCAAAACAAGCCCACUUUGGCCUUAUCUCGCGGAGAAGCAGUGGAUUGGGUUCUGAGGGUGAGUGCCCAUUACUCCUUCUCUACCCUCACCGCAGUUCUCGCUGUUAACUACCUCGAUAGGUUCCUCUUCGGCUUCACGUUUCAGAACGACAAGCCUUGGCUCACGCAACUAGCCGCAGUGGCUUGCCUUUCUCUCGCUGCUAAGGUAGAAGAGACCCACGUGCCCCUUCAUCUAGACCUCCAGGUGGACGAGAGUAGGUACUUGUUUGAAGCGAAAACGGUUAAGAGAAUGGAAAUCUUGGUCCUUUCCACGCUUGGAUGGAAGAUGAAUCCAGUAACGCCUCUCUCGUUUCUCGAUUAUAUCACAAGGAAACUUGGGUUAAAGGGUUAUCUCUGCCAGGACUUUCUCAGAAGGUGUGAAACCGUUUUUCUCUCUGUCUUCACAGAUUCCAGAUUCAUGAGUUACCUUCCUUCUGUGUUGGCAACCGCUACAGUGAUGCGCGUGGUCAAUACUGUGGAGCCUCAUCUUGGAGUGGAAUACCAAGAUCAGCUCUUGGGUAUUCUUGGAAUCGACAAGGAGAAAGUGAAAGAAUGUUACAAAGUGAUGUUGGAGGUUGUGUGGGGGUACGAUGAGGAGGGAAAACGAUGGAAGGUGAAUAAACGGAAGUUUGAGUCCGUUCCUUGUAGCCCAAACGGCGUAAUGGAUGAGUCGUUUAGCUGUGAUAGUUCGGAUGAGUCUUGGGAGUUAGGUGGUUCUGUUCCAAUUCCAUCCUCCAAGAAGACCAAGACUCAGGAUCUGCUUCUAUUGAACCAUUCAAACGAUUUUCUCACCAUUCCUCGCUAGUUACUAUUCUCGUCCUUUAAUUUCAACUUUCACUCUCCUUAGUUUUUGUCUUUUGUGGAAACAUUGUUAUAGCCAUAUUCUAUUUCUCUACAUAAUGGAGUAAUUAAUAACCACCAUGUUUGGGACAGAUAAAUUCAAUUGCCAACAGUGUCUGAAUUUAAAACAA